CUUCUCGACAACCCCAACGCUGCUUCGAUUCUUUAUCAACGAUUCCAGUCGUCAAUUCCUGAUAUAUCCUGUAUUAGUUUUUUUAAUCGAUUACAUUCAUUAUAAUUGUCGUUUAAUCAAUCAUUCAACAUGGCACCGUCCAAGAUCGAACUUGAGAAGCAAGACAGAGCUCGCGAUGCCGCCUUCAACAAGGCCAUGCACGGAGAGACCGCCCUCAACGCUGGUGGUUUCCGAGCCAUGAUUGGAAAGGGUGGCAAAGGCACCGAUGCGCAGCAAGCUGCCGUUGACGAAUACUUCAAGCACUGGGACAACAAGGAUGCGAAGGACGAGACGGAGGAAGACCGCGCGAAGCGUACAGCCGAAUACGCUACCCUAACUAGACAUUACUACAACCUUGCCACAGAUCUGUAUGAGUACGGUUGGGGCCAGUCCUUCCAUUUCUGCCGAUACUCUAUCGGUGAGAAUUUCUACCAGGCGAUCGCCCGACAUGAACACUACCUCGCACACCAAAUUGGUAUCAAGGAGGGCAUGAAGGUGUUGGAUGUUGGUUGUGGUGUUGGUGGUCCUGCUAGAGAGAUCGCCAAGUUCACCGGUUGCCAUGUUACUGGCUUGAACAACAACGACUACCAGAUCCAGCGUGCCACUCACUAUGCUGGCAAGAAUGGUUUGUCAGACCAACUUGCGUUUGUCAAGGGUGACUUUAUGCAAAUGGAUUUCCCUGACAACUCAUUCGAUGCUGUCUAUGCCAUCGAAGCCACCGUGCACGCACCUAAGCUCGCUGGUGUCUACAGCGAGAUUUUCCGCGUGCUAAAGCCCGGCGGUGUUUUCGGCGUGUACGAGUGGCUCAUGACCGACGAGUAUGACAAUGACAACCUCGAGCACCGUGAGAUCCGUCUUGGCAUCGAGCAGGGUGACGGUAUUUCCAACAUGGUGAAGAUCGAGGAAGGUCUAGAAGCCAUGAAGAUUUCGGGCUUCGAGUUGUUGCACCAUGAGGAUCUUGCUGAUCGCCCAGACCCUAUCCCCUGGUACUGGCCUCUUGCUGGAAAAUGGAAGUACAUGCAAUCGGUAUUCGAUACAUUCACCAUUGCACGGAUGACAUGGUGGGGUCGCCUGCUCGCCCAUAACUUUGCCGGUGCUUUAGAGAUGACCGGUUUAGCUCCGGCCGGUACCAAGAAGACGGCUGACAGUCUGGCCCGUGCUGGUGACUGCUUAGUCGCUGGUGGAGAGAAGCACCUCUUUACCCCGAUGUACCUGAUGGUUGGCAAGAAGCCUGAACCAUGACCUGUCUAAUAUCAAAAAUUGAUAUUAUAUAGUGCAUCAAGGAGAGAUGAGCGAUGUGCUUAUAAGCACAAUAAUGAGUCAAGACGCGACGUCAAUGUCUUCUAAUAUUAAUAAUACCAAGCAUCUGAAGAGUCUUUGAAGGACGAAUCUUGGGUAAUAGAAUAGCCCUGGCUUCGACUUCUCUGUAUAUAUCUGAGACAUGGAAGCAUCUCUGUUGGCCGUACUCGAUAGCCUUUUACUAUAUAUACUUGCUAGAAAUAUCGAAAUAAAAAUUUAGAAAUACCUAUCCUUGUUAUUUUU